AUGGAUGACGCUACACAUUAUGAUUCUAUUUCAACGAUCGAGUCUCAUAUAAACCACUUUUUAACAUCACGCCAACCACCCAAAACUUUCUGUCCUUCUGAAGUCGCUCGAGCACUUACUCAUCCGGAGCUUCAAUCAUUGGGCUAUUCUAGCUGGCGCGAAGCCAUGCCGGAUAUUCGAUCUAUUCUGUCCACGAUGCGAGAGAAUAACGACGUUGAAAUCUUGCAGAAAGGCGUUGUGCUUGAAGGAGAUCUUGGAGCCGGAUUAACAAAUGUGGUUGGACCUAUCAGGGUACGAAAGCCUCUGGCCUGA